AAAAAUCUGAGAAAGAGAGGGUCUGGGCUGACCCCGCUCUAAGGAAAAGAAACGGAUCUCUUGCGGUGACUCGGGCCCUGUGUCGGGUCAACCCGGUGGUCCCGCGCACCUAGCACCAUGGAGAUGUGGCCUCGUCUCGGGGCCACCUGUUUGCUGGGCUUCAGUUUCCUGCUCCUGAUCACCUCUUCUGACGGACACAUUGGGCUUGGAAAGGGUUUUGGGGAUCAUAUUCACUGGAGAACACUAGAAGAUGGGAAGAGAGAAGCAGCAGCCAGUGGAUUGCCUAUUAUGGUGAUUAUCCAUAAGUCUUGGUGUGGAGCUUGCAAAGCUUUAAAGCCCAAAUUUGCAGAAUCUACAGAAAUUUCUGAACUUUCCCAUAAUUUUGUUAUGGUAAAUCUUGAGGAUGAAGAAGAACCCAAGGAUGAAGAUUUCAGCCCUGAUGGGGGUUAUAUUCCACGAAUUCUUUUCUUGGAUCCUAGUGGCAAGGUGCAUCCUGAAAUCAUCAAUGAGAAUGGAAACCCCAGCUACAAGUAUUUCUACAUCAAUGCUGAGCAAGUUGUUCAGGGGAUGAAGGAAGCUCAGGAAAGACUGACAGGUGAUGCCUUCAGAGAAAAACAUCUUGAAGAUGAAUUGUAACACAGAUAUAUCCCUUCCUUCAUUAAAAAUAGUGUUCUGGAAGGAAAGCAGCAGAGGAGGGAAUAUUGAGGAAUUGCCCAAAACAAUUAAACUGACCAGGAAACCUUUUUUCUUCCUACACUGGAAGGAGCUCUCUCACUGUGGAAGAGAUCUGUUAAAAGAAGCUGGUCUGAUUGUUUGUGGAUCCAGCAGUGUGGCAGACUUGCUUCUUUUGCUCCCUGUCACCUAAGUGUCCAUCUGUCUUUGAAUGUAAAGAAUGAAACCUGACACAGAACUUGAGCCACUUGGAGGUUAAUACCUCACUUACACUUCAGUAUUUUGAGUCUUUUCCCAUUUCCUCCUGCUUUACUUACCUUAGUGGUGAAAGAGACUAGUAGCAUCUUUUCUACAAUGUUAAAAUGGCCGGAAUAGCAAUUUUUAAGAAAACAGUAAAUCCUAAAUGUAAAUCAGUAAUUCUAUCCCCUGUCAAGGAGACCAGCCUGUUUUUUUGUCUUUUUCUCCUGGGAAUAAUCUUGGGCUUCUUCCUGAAUCCCUGCAUCCUCCUUCCUCUUUUCCUGCUCAGGCUGUUAGCAUGCAUGCGUGUGCAGGAAUGACUAUGUGCUUGGACUGAGCCCCAGCUGGAAGCAUGCUUUCCCUUAUUACUGUUGGAGAAACUCAAACCUUCAAGCCCUAGGUGGAGCCAUUUUUGUCAAAUCAUCAAUGAUAUUUUUGUACUGGGGUUAAUCCCCCCAAAAAGAUAAAAUAUUAAUUGUUCAUUAAACUUUAAUAAAACUUUAAAAGGAAA